AUGGUUGAGGAACUUUCUACAGGAUCUCAACCUCACCCAAAGGACAUCCGUCGUGGUUUCACUGGAUUCGUUAUAUUGAUCAGAUCUAAGGAUAACAUGGCUGAUGAUGAAAAUCAGAAUGUGAUGAAGGAGGAGGGUUAUAGUAAUGUGCCAGAUAUAGUUCCUUUUGAUCCAACAAAAAAGAAGAAAAAGAAGAAACCAAUGCCUCAAGACCUAGUUGAAGAAGAGCCUGUUGACUCUCUAGUAGAGAAAACUGAGAGUUUAACAGUUUCUGAAACUGGUGAAACAACAUUUGCUGGUCUGAAAAAGAAAAAGAAGAAGCCGGCGCACACUGAUCUUCUGGUUGAGGAAAAAGAGACUAAUGCAGAAGACUUGGAUGAUGUAGUUGGAGACGAUGAGGCAGGAGAAGGAACCAUUUUGCAACAAUAUCCAUGGGAAGGAACAGAUAGAGAUUAUCAUUAUGAGGAGCUUCUUUUUCGAGUUUUCAACAUUCUACGUGAGAAUAAUCCGGAGCUUGCUGGUGAUCGGCGCAGGACAGUUAUGAGACCUCCUCAAGUACUUCGUGAAGGAACUAAGAAAACUGUUUUUGUGAAUUUCAUGGACCUGUGCAAGACUAUGCAUAGACAACCUGAGCAUGUUAUGACUUUCUUGCUGGCUGAAAUGGGAACAAGUGGGUCUUUGGAUGGACAACAAAGGUUGGUCGUGAAAGGGAGGUUUGCUCCCAAGAACUUUGAGGGUAUUCUGCGGCGGUAUAUCAAUGAGUAUGUCAUAUGCAAUGGCUGCAAAAGUCCAGAUACCAUCCUCUCAAAGGAGAACCGUCUUUUCUUCCUUCGAUGUGAAAAGUGCGGUUCUGGGAGAUCGGUUGCUCCGAUCAAGGCUGGAUUUGUUGCUCGUGUUGGCAGACGUAAAGCCGGAACAUGA